UGUAGGUCAAGGCUUAUCAUAUUUUGGCAGUGGAACGUCCUUGGGUCAAGGACACCAUCGAAUUAAAUCUCUUUGGACAAAUUUACUAACUGACAACCACCGCAUUACAUAAGAGCCGUACUGGAGGAAGACAAAAUGGCCAAAAAGGUAUUGAGAAAUGUGACCCACUGCAUCUUCGACAUGGACGGCCUGUUGCUGGACACUGAGAGAAUAUACGAGGAGGUCACUAAGCAAAUAGCCGCCUCCUAUGGCCGUCCAUAUCCGGUGGCAACGCGGUUUCGGGUUAUGGGCACCACGGAACAGCGAUCGGCCGAAAUAGUCAUCAGCGAAUGCAAUUUGCCCAUUUCGUUGAAUGACUUCCUCAAGCGCUAUUCGGAUAUGUGCCACAAGCGUCUUGGAAACGUUCCGCUUCUGGAAGGUGCCGCACGCCUUUUGCGUCAUUUGCAUGCCAAUAAGGUGCCUUUCGCCCUGGCCACCAGCUCCGGAGCCGACAUGGUGGAGCUGAAGUCCACACACCACAAGGAACUAUUCAAUUUGUUCAAUCACAAGGUGUGCGGCUCCACCGACGCCGAGGUGAAGAACGGCAAACCAGCGCCCGAUAUAUUUUUGGUGGCCGCUGGAAGGUUCGGUGACACGCCAGAUCCGUCCAAGUGCUUGGUGUUUGAGGAUUCGCCCAACGGCGUGACGGCUGGUGAAAGUGCUGGCAUGCAGGUGAUUAUGGUACCAGAUCCACGCUUGUCCGAGGAGCGAUGCUCCCAUGCCACACAAGUGCUGCGGUCCCUGGAGGAUUUCAAGCCGGAGCAGUUUGGUCUGCCGCCGUUUAGCGAUUGAGCUUGUUACCUGUUUACUUAAUGUAGCCCAGAGAAUCUCUACAUAUGUAUGUAAGAUUUUCAGACUAAAAUAACAAGAUGUAGUACAAUUUGUGCCGACAGUGGA